AGAGAAUCAGGGCAAUCUUCACCGCUGCAAAAUGCUUUAAUAUCAAGUCGCGCCUUCUUCAUUUCUGCUCAUCAUCUCAUCUGUUCGCCAUCCGAGCAGUUUCUCGUCUUUACGCCAGCGCACUCGUCCUCUAUUUCAAGCGGCGUCGCGCCCGUUUCGGAAUUCCAGCAGUCGAGAGCCGCCCACCAACCACACGCCCAGACGCCUACUGAGACAGCCGCAGCGCCGCAUUUUCCUGGACUGCUUGUCUGAGUACAGUCGCAUAUAAGGUCUUUGUCCAAGGCUUUGUUGUGACCACAUCCUCAAUUGUUCUCAAUACUUCGCGUCGCAACUCAAUUCACAUUCACACCAUCACACCGCAAUCAUGACGCAACUCGUCGCCAAGUACGCGAUGAAGAAGGUGCUGGGCAAGGAGAUGGAAAAGUACAAGGGCAAGGGACCCUCAGGCCCAUACGACCCCUAUUAUGAGGAGAUCCCACACCCUAGGAAGCCGGGCAAGACAAAGAAAGUCAAGAAGGAGAUCCCAGCCUACAUCCCUCCCCACGAUGCCGACGUCCUCGCAAAAGCCCGCAAGACAGCAUACCGUCUUGAUUACGCCCUCUUCAGUUUCGCAGGCCUCCGAUUCGGUUGGUCUUCAGUCAUCGGUCUUGUCCCCGCCGCCGGCGACGUAGCAGAUGCGGCGCUCUCUCUCAACCUGAUUAGAGGCAUGUGCAAAGUUGAAGGCGGACUCCCCCAAAUGGUUAUGAUGUGGAUGGCGAUCAACUUGAUCAUUGAUUUCCUUGUCGGCCUGGUACCAUUCAUCGGUGACCUCGCAGACGCGGCUGUCAAGUGCAACGGCAAGAAUGUACGCCUGCUCGAAGAACAUCUGGAUGCAAAAUAUAAGCCGAAAGAGGUCAGAGAUAUAGAAAGCCGCAUGUCCCCGGAGAGCCGACCGCGCCCUGCUUCCGUGUACGUGGACCUCAAUGACAGCCCUGGCGACGAACGAAACGACCCUUUCAACAACCGCAACGACCACGUUCGUCAGCCUACACGAGCCUACUCCGGACGCCGGGAUAGGGUCCCGGAUGAGGAGAUGGGAGUACCCCGACACGAGGCACAACGCUCGCACAAAAACGAUAGGUCUCGUCGCGACAAUAGGCGCUAGGCGCUGCAUAGUUUGUUUUCAUAUGUUUUUAUGUCAUCUUGAUACCAUCAGCGUUGUUUAUCUACUAGCGCCAUCGGCAAAUUUCUCAUUCUUGCCACCUUGUAUGCUGCUUCCUAUCUGAAGUCAGCGCAAUUUCAUCUUUCAUGUCUGAUCAUAUAUCCCCGUUACGUUACGCUUAGUUGAACAUAUCAUCUGGCAAAUACACCCAUUGUAAUGACUUGUAUUCUUGCACACGGUGCUGACUUUUGGAUUUUAAUACUGGUAAUUUUUCAUUUCUUCAAUCUAUUCUUCACAACACAUGUCUACCACUCAUGUCAGAUCCAGAAACUUGUAACCCACUAAACAAUCUAACCAUG